AUGCGUAGCUCCAUCCUCCUUGCCUCCUUGGCGUCGUCGACUGUCUCAGCAGAGACGGUUUUGGGUGUAUACAUCUUUUCAAGACAUGGAGACAGAACCGCAAAGAGUACGCCACCGACCGAACUGACCGACCUGGGAUAUCAAGAGAUAUUUACCUCGGGCUCGUACUAUCGGAGCCGCUAUGUUGCCAGCGAUGCUAGCCGCCGGAUCCACGGUAUCGCGCCUGAUAUCGCCAAGCUGUCACAGAUAACGGCUUCGGCACCGGUCGAUAACGUCCUGCAAGCAUCUGGCAUCGGCUUUCUCCAGGGUCUGUACCCGCCGGUCGGCGAGACGUUGGGUAGCCAGACUCUUCGUAACAGCACCGUCAUCCAGGCGCCCAUGAACGGAUAUCAGCUCGUUCCUCUCCAGGUUGUUCAGAACGGCGCCAACAGCGAGGACGCCGCCUGGCUGCAAGGCGCGACCAACUGUGCCAAUGCUCAAAUCAGCUCCAACGACUAUUUCCGAAGCAGCGAGUAUAACGAUACUUUGGCUCGCACCCAGGAAUUCUACGCGGACAUGCAUCCUUACGUUGAACGCACAUUCGCCGAGGACCAGACCAGCUUCAAGAACGCAUACACAAUCUUUGACCUGCUCAACGUUGCCAGCAUCCACAACGCCAGCGUGGCACUACCCGACGAUGCGGACCUCUUCCAACUCCGCACUCUUGCCGACCAGCACGAGUUCGGUCUGGCAUACAACGAGUCUGAGCCCAUCCGCGCAGUGACUGGCUCCAUCAUUGCGGCCGAGGUGACGGAGGCUCUCAACAGCACCAUCACGGGCAAGGGCAAGAACGUGCUGAACAUCCAGUUCGGCGCCUACGCCGGCAUGCUGUCGUACUUUGGUCUUGCCAACCUGACGGCCGCCAGCACGGACUUCUACGGUGUCCCCGACUACGCGUCCAGCCUUGUCUGGGAACUUGUGACCAACGCCACGGUCUCCAACACGUCGUAUCCCACCGAAGACGACAUCAGCGUGCGCUUCUUCUUCCACAACGGCACGACGUCCAACAUCAGCGAGCCCGUCGAGUUCCCGCUCUUCGGCUCCGGACGCUCCCCCCUGCCAUGGUCGGAGUUUGUUGCCUCGACGGCGAAAUUCAGCAUCGGCACACAGGCCGAGUGGUGCACCGCCUGCGGCAACUCGACCGGGGUGUGCAGCCCCAGCGCGCUGGGUGAAGGAGACUCCGGAGCCCUCGGCACGAGCUCGUCGGAUAACAGCAGCGGGCAUGGAGGCGGGAUCAGCAAGGCUGUCGCCGGUGUGAUUGGCGCCAUGGUGACGCUCGGCGUCAUCCUUGGCCUGGAGAUCUUGUUCUUCAUCGUUGGCGGCUUCCGACUCGUGAGCAAGAAGCGACUUGCCAGGACGGCGAGCAACGGAUCGAGCGCCAUGACCGGCACAGGGGUCGAGACCAAGGCCUGA